GCUUUCCCAAGCUAAUAGCAAACACCCUGGAGCAUUCUUUCCGGGAAGAAGAAGGAGCUCCUUGAUAGACGGAUGCGGACGAACCCUGGCUACUGAGCCCUUUACUAGCGAGCUGCGCCCUUUUGUGUCCCACACCCAAGCUUACACAAAGUCAUCCUAAUUUGUACGGAUUUGUUCUCGAUGGACUUGUCCGAGCUACGACUUUUAGAAUUCGCGCAAACGCAACUUAGGAACCAUGCCGAAGAAUCAUCCACCUCGCGGCGCUGCCGCAAAGAAGUCUGUCCCUCCUACCGAGGAUACGAGCUAUAUCAUCUUCGGCGACGAGAAGAAGAAGAAAAGGAGCCAGAACUCUGCUAACACAGCUGAUAAUACCAAGAGCAAAUCAACUGGAAAGCAGCCUGCAAGCGAAAAUGACUCUAAAGGCAAAGGAAAAGCACCUGCGGGCCAGCCCGAGGAAGCUCCGAAGAGACCAGAUACCAGGACUCUGAUCGCCGGAGCCUCAUGGACGGGCAAACUUCCUGUCAACUUGCUGUCUGAGCAUUUUCAGAAACAGCAAUGGAGCAAGCCAGAUUAUCGUAUCCACAAAGAAGGGGAUAUGCACGUCGCGUAUGCAGUAGUGCUGUCUAAAACGAACCCAAAGACCCGAGAGACUACGACAUUGCCGCCAUUCAAGAUACCCCUUGAGCUCGCUGAGAAGGCACGUCAACCAACCGCUGUGGAAGCGCGCAACUUUGCCGCGGCUUAUACGCUCUUCCGUGUUGCGAGCGCAAAGAAUCUGCACAUGAUGUUGCCACCAACCUACAAGGACCUCUGGAAACGAGAAUUCUCGGACCUGAAGAAACAAGAUGAGAAGGACGGAAAAGCAUGGCUCUACGAGGCUGAUCCAUUUUUUGGAUAUGCGGAACGAGAGAAGGCGAAGGAGAUUGCAGCAAAGGAACGUGAAAAGAAGCAGAAGGAGCGUGAGGCGGCGAAGAAGACCCACAAUCUUCAGCCUGGAAUGUCUAUGCCGAACUCUCGAGGUCCCUCUCCUAGUAGGAAUAUUCUGAAGGGCUGGGAACGGGUGCCGAAGAUCGAGCUUGGGAAAAAGACGAGGAAGCAGGUUGAGCGGCUGAUUCGACGUGAUGCUGUUUGGAAUCCACACGGCCUCAAGCUGGACGCAAACACCCGAACGAAACUGGUUGAUGAGGUCACCGAACUUGGGUUCAGAAGGAGCCAUGUCGAGGAAGCCGCAGAGAUGUGCAAAGAUCGGGAAGAGAUUAUCGAAUGGCUUCUUAUUCAUGUCCCCGAGGACGACCUUCCGUCAUGGAGUCUCCCUGAGGGAUAUGUUGCAGGUAUCAGCAUGGCCAGCGCAAACCUCAAGCGCGAGGGCGCCAUCAAACGUCUUGCGGCUGCUGGUUAUGCGACCGAACUUUGCGAAGAGGCGUAUGACAGCCAAGGAGGAAACGAACGCAAAGCAGUUGCAAUUCUUCAAGCACAUCUCCUUCGGCCCAACGAUCAGGACGAGGAUAUUUCACAGCACCUGGAGGACCUUGUGCUUACGGACAACUCUGGAGAUUCACAAGACGCCGCUGUCGAUGCAUGGGAAGAAGAAAUGUCGUCUUUGCAAGCCAUCUAUGACAAGCUGUUCUCGCGGCCAUCCCCCACUGUCUGCCGUAUUGAGCUUGACAUCAAGCAACAAGGAAAGCGCCUACUUCUUCAAGUACACAAGCCAUUCGGUACUUACCCGUCCGUUGUUCCUAUCAUCACUUUCGAGGCUGCUAUUCCCGCAUACAUUCGGCUGAGCAUCAUCCGACAGGCUUUGCUACAUGCCGAAGCCAAUUUCCUUGGCAUGCCCAUGAUCUACGACAUAGUGGAUUGGUUACAGCAGAGUGCUGGUGAAAUCUUCAAGAACCCGGGACGCCUCACUGAUGUAUCAUCUGGCCUGGCAGCAGCAGAUCAUCGGACUACAGACCAACUAGCGUACAUUACGAAAAAGGGCAGGUCUCGUAGGCCAAUCGACUGGCGGCCAGCAACCGCUCAAAGCCAGAAAAUGUUGUCUCAAUGGCAGGCUAAGCAGCAAACCUCAGCGCAACAGAAGAUGAUGUCUGCUCGUCAGUCGCUGCCGGCAUGGAGGCUGCGAGAAGAGAUAGUACGAACUGUCAAUAGGAGCCAAGUUACCAUAAUAUCUGGUGAAACGGGGUCCGGAAAGUCAACGCAAUCGGUCCAGUUUAUUCUAGACGACUUGGUCCAGAGGCAACUCGGGGCUGCAGCGAACAUCAUCUGUACCCAACCACGAAGGAUCUCCGCCUUGGGUCUCGCUGAUCGCGUGGCGGACGAGCGAUGCUCCCAAGUCGGCGAUGAGAUUGGCUAUGCUAUUCGGGGCGAAUCGAAACAGAAACCAGGAACAACUAAGAUCACUUUCGUCACCACUGGUGUCCUCCUAAGGCGGCUUCAGACUUCUGGCGGGAGCUCAGAUGAUGUCGUGGCCGCGCUCGCCGAUGUCAGCCAUGUGGUCGUUGAUGAGGUGCAUGAGCGCAGCUUGGACACGGAUUUUCUCCUAGUCCUUCUUCGCGACAUUUUGCGACGCCGCAAAGACCUUAGCGUCAUUCUGAUGAGCGCUACGCUCGACGCCGAUGUUUUUGAGCGAUAUUUCAAAGACGUUGGGCCUGUUGGACGCGUUGAGAUUGAGGGCAGGACUUAUCCUGUUCACGACUUCUACCUUGACGAUGUGAUGCACCUCACUUCGUUCCGAGGUAGUCAAGAUCUAGAAACUGAAGAAGAGGCAGUGGAGAAAGCAUUCUCUGCUAACCUUCGCAGCAUCGGCUUUGGCAUCAACUACGAGCUCAUUGCGGAGACCGUACGCUACAUUGACCGCCAGCUUGGCCCCAAGGACGGUGGUAUCUUGAUUUUUCUCCCUGGCACUAUGGAAAUCGAUCGGACACUUCAGGCUCUCAGUCAGUCCUCUAACUUCCAUGCGCUACCUCUACACGCGUCGCUUCUGCCAAUCGAGCAGAAGCGCGUCUUUCCUCCGGCGCCUUCGGGGAAGCGCAAAAUCAUCGCUGCCACCAAUGUCGCUGAAACCUCAAUAACCAUUGAGGAUAUCGUAGCAGUUAUCGAUACUGGCCGUGUUAAAGAAACGAGUUUCGACCCCCAGAACAACAUGGUCCGGCUUGCAGAGACCUGGGCAUCACGAGCGGCGUGCAAGCAGCGACGCGGUCGAGCCGGCCGGGUACGGGCAGGAGAAUGCUACAAGCUGUAUACGCGCAAUGCCGAAGCCAAGAUGUUAGAACGACCCGACCCAGAAAUCCGACGAGUGCCGCUAGAACAGUUGUCCCUGUCUAUUAAGGCAAUGGGAGUGCAAGAUGUCCCAACCUUCCUGGCAUCAGCGCUCACGCCGCCUGAGAGCACAGCGGUCGAAAGCGCCGUUAGACUGCUAGGCCAGAUGGGAGCCAUUGCAGACGACGAGCUAACGGCCCUUGGUCGCCACAUGUCCAUGAUUCCAGCAGAUUUGCGAUGCAGCAAGCUGCUCGUAUAUGGCGCUACAUUUGGCUGUCUCGAAGCUGCGCUUACCAUUGCUUCCGUUCUCACUACUCGCAGUCCGUUCAUCUCUCCCCGAGAACGAGACCAAGAGACACGUGACGAGUUCAAUCGCAUCCGGUCCUCUUUCUCAAACAACCAAGGGGACUUGCUCGUUGACCUCCGCGCAUUCGAGCAAUGGGCCGCCUUCCGUAGCAAAGGGGCAACUGCUCGUGAGCUCCGCGCAUGGUGCGCAUCGAACCGGCUCUCGCCUCAAACACUCCUCGACAUCGCCUCCAACCGCUCGCAGUACCUCUCCUCCCUCAAGGAAAUUUCCUUCAUACCCACUACCUACUCUUCCACCAACCCAAAGACGCACGGCGGUUACAAUGCGCAGAACGGAAACGACGCUCUGAUCCGUGCGCUCAUUGCCGGCUCGUUCAACCCGCAAAUCGCCCGCAUCCAGCUUCCAGACAAGAAAUUUGCGGCCGGCAUCUCCGGCGCCGUGGAGCUUGAUCCCGAAGCCCGAGAGAUCAAAUACUUCAACCAGGAGAACGGCCGCGUCUUCGUACACCCCUCGUCUACCCUCUUCUCCUCGCAGACGUUUCCCUCGAACGCUGCCUUCAUGUCCUACUUCAACAAGAUGGCUACGAGCAAGAUCUUCAUCCGCGAGCUUACGCCCUUCAAUGCGUACUCCUUGCUCAUGUUCGCAGGCGACAUCCGGGUGGACACGCUAGGGAGGGGGUUAGUCAUUGACGAAUGGAUUCGUCUCCGUGGCUGGGCGAGGAUUGGUGUGUUGGUGUCUAGACUGAGAGGUAUGCUAGAUAGGGUCUUGGAGACGAAGGUGCAGGAACCGGGCAAGGAGUUUAGCGAGAGAGAGAAACAGGUUGUGGAUGUGGUGAGGUGGAUGGUUGAGCGGGAUGGAUUGGAUAAUUAGUGGCCGGCUUUGAAGAUGUUCUCUCUACUCAAGUUUGAGAGCGUUAGAGAAGCGGGCCCCGAUAUCGCACUAUGGAGUACUGGGAAUAUGGAUGCUUUGAGCUAGCUACAUUUUCGGCUAGAAACUUUUUGCAUAGAUUUAUAGACACGCUCUUCAACAUGC